AUGGACGACGCCGACGGAGAUCACAAACCCCUCAGCCUGCCCCCCGAACAGUACACAAUUGGCUGGAUUUGCGCAUUGCCGUCCGAACUACGAGCAGCACGUGCAAUGCUUGACCAAGAACAUGAAGAUCUUCCGCAUCAAUCCAAGAACGAUGACAAUAGCUAUAUUCUGGGUAGUAUCAAACAGCAUAAUAUUGCAAUGCCUGUCCUCCCGCAGUAUGGUACCAGUUCUGCAACCAGUACCGUCAAAUCCAUGAAAUCCACGUUUCCUAACUUGAGAUUUGUUCUCAUGGUAGGGAUUGGGGGUGGUAUCCCCAGCAAAACCAAUGACAUUCGCCUUGGAGAUGUUGUUGUAUCCCUACCAGACGGCCAAGGAGGAGGAGUGAUCCAGUAUGAUCUAGGAAGGGAAGUGGAUGGCGAAUUUCAUCGUGUGGGUGUGAUGAACAUGCCUCCCAAAUUGUUGUUGUCCACCGUGAACAACUUGAGAUCGGAAUCCAGCUUGGGAAAGACCCUUUCAGGAUAUGUCGAAAUCGCGGCUGGCAAGAGCGAAGAGCCUGAGGAGUGGACAUACCUUGGUACUGGACAGGAUCAACUAUUCCAACCGGACUAUCCCCAUAUCCCAGGAGAAGAUGACUGCGAAAAUUGUUGCGACAAUGCAAAACCUGAGAACCUAGUCAAUCGGAGACCUCGGAAGGCAACGUGCCCCAGACUCCAUUACGGCAAUAUUGGCUCCGGGAACACGGUUAUGAAGACAGCGCUGAAGCGUGACCUGAUCGCGAAGAAGGAGAAUAUCAUUUGCUUCGACAUGGAAGCAGCCGGACUCAUGAACGAGUUUCCUUGCCUGGUCAUUCGGGGGAUUAGCGACUAUGCGGACUCGCACAAGAACGGGAAAUGGCAACCAUAUGCAGCGGUCGCCGCUGCAGCAUACGCGCGGAGGCUCUUGUUGAAGAUUUCGCCCCAAGCCGUUGAACAGCAGAAAACCAUUGAGGGUGAGUAA